AUGGCUCUUCGGCUUGCCUUCGUGCUUACUCUUAUCGGCGCGGCCGGAGCUUUUCGUGCCGACGAGCGGUCCCAGGUGGUCCUAGCCGCAAACUCGUCGCACAACCAGACCCAAAGCGGUGGGCCAGACCCUUCACAGGUAUCGAGCGUGAUCUCACACUACAUACAGACUGGACACUGCCCGACCGGACUCCCCGGCGGCAAGCUGGAGACGGGCCUCCUCCCAAUUAAUAUGGAAGGCUACGACUACGGCAUGGGUUGCAACAGCGCAGGGCUCUGCACCUGCCCGCACUCUCCCUUCUUCGUCUGUGCAACCGGCGGACGAUUCGGUGGCCCGGAGGGUUUCCUACUCAAGGGCAUUGUCUCCACUUUUGGCUACUGCCGAGUGGCGGCGUGGGUCUGGGCUGCAGGCAGCGGUGUGGUGGUCUUGCUGUUGGGUGGUGUGGUGAUGAUUAUGAAGAAGUGA